GCUUUCUUAUCUAUCGUUAUAGAUUUUUUUUUUCUUUUUUGACAGAGAAAUUUGUUAUUUCUUGAUUUUGCAUUUUUUAUAAUAGUAGUCACAAGAUGCGCCGUUCCAAUGUGUCUAACAUCCAAAAGCCUACUACUGGUAAUGCACCGAGUAAACGCUCUCGUGUGCAAACUACUGACCAGCCAUGCCCAAAUGGAUCCCGUUCUACUUCAGGUAGUGCAAUGAGUAAACGCUCUCGUGUGCAAACUACUAAUCAAUCAUGCGAAAAUUAUGGAGAAGAUGGACUCAAUUCUGCUAUUGGUACCACUACAGAACGAACUACUACUGCAAAUGAUAAUGUGAUGUCAACCAGUAAUCAAGACCCUCCUACAGGUCCAACAAAAAAGGUGCGGGGAAAGACAAGAGGAGUGAAUGCAGAUAAGGUGCUUUCUCAAUUGAAUGCUAAAAUACCUGUCACUCUGACCGAACAAAAUGGUAGGCCUACAGGCCCAUAUUCUGAAAUGUUGGCCAAUGAAAUUGGUUUCACAGUUCGAAACCAUGCCCCACUAAAUGUGGAAAAAUGGAAGAAGAUUCCAAAAAUUAAAGUGGAUAAGUUGGUUAAAAGAAUAACGAACAAGUUUGACAUUGACAUGUCUCUCCCUUGGGUCGAGAGAUAUGUAAUUACAACAUGUCAGACUGUAUUUUGUAAUUUUCGUUAUAAGUUGAAGAAACAUUUUGAGAAAUUUUCAACAAUCGAGGAAGCAAUUGAAAACAAACACGAUGAUGUCAAGACUCAGGAAGAAUAG